AUGGCUCAGCGGACCGCUUCCAGCUCUUCUGCUAGAUAUGCGGCAGACAGUCGCCGGAACACGCCAGGUCCGACGCAUGGUGCACCAGGACACAGAAUGGACGACUGUCCCGGCUGUCAAGCCGAGAUGGAUGACGCAAUCAAGGCCUCGGUGGAGUCGGCUCAGCAAGAAGACCAGAAGCGCCAACAAGAGAAGCGCGAGCAAGAGGAGCUCCAACGCAUCUACGCCGCCAACGCCGAGGAGAACGAACGUCAGCGUCGCCUCGCCGACGAAGAAGAGCGAGUUCUCCAGAGGGCAAUGGAGGACAGUCGUCGCGAGGCAGAGGAAGAAGCACAGCGUAGAGCACACCACGAAGAAGUCUUGCUAGAAGAAUCGCGCCAGCACGCUCUACGCGAACGCGAGCAGGCGAUCCAGCGCGAAGCUGAGAUGCUCGAAGCUGCCAAGCUCGCCUCGGCUGCCCAAGAGGGUCAACGGCGUCGAGAGAAGGAGGCCCUGCAAGAUGCAGAGAAGAAGGCGAUCCAGCUCAGCUUGCAAGAACAGGAGGAGGAGUGGGCUCGUCGAGAGAGUGCCGAGCGCUCGCUGCUCGAGUUUCUUGACCAAAUGAAUGGUACCGGUAGAUCGACGACGCCUCUCUCCUUGGUCGAUCACGGUGCGUCGGCAUCGACGUCGCAAUUGACUGCUCCACGUGCGUCAACUUCCAAAGCGGCGGACGCUUCUCAGGCCGACCUCGAGGCAGAGUACUGGCGUUUCGCCGGCCACGACGAGGCCUAUCAGCUUGCCCUUGAGAUGCAGCGUGCCUCGCUUGCCGGAUCUAGCUCGCAGCACCGACCAGGUUCGUCAACACCACUCGCUCGAAGGCCACUCCCACGCACGCCCGAGAUGCCCGAGCACACAGAAGACGCCGGAACCAGCUUAGCCGCCGUCAACCGCAAACAAGAUCCUCUUCCUGCAGUGUCGCAUCCUGCGAUCCUCUACGAUGCCGGAGAGGACGCCCCACCAGCCUAUGUUGAGGCUGGACCAUCGAGUCGACCCGAACAGCGCGAUGCCUCAUCCCUUCCAGCAGAGAAGGCCUUAUCCUCUCGCUACGACACCGUCACGCUCCAAGCCCUCAAUCGGCCCGUGCUGCAGAACAGAUCCUCAUCAUCAUCCAGCUCAACGCAAAGUCGAUCGCGGGGCAGCACCGACUCGCCUCGUCCCAGUUUCGGAGGCGCCUCCACCAACUCGGACGUCCCGCAAACGCCACCAAGCGCUACAGAGCCCUUCUCUGCAUCGACUUCGCCUUCCGUCCCGCAGCGCAACAGCUCGUACUUUGUUCCCGACCCGAAGCGGUCCAGCGUGUCCUCACUUGGCGUCGAGCAGAAGGGACAGCGAGCGCUCGCCGGUGUCGACUUUGGCUACAGCAGUCUGCCCUUUGCUCCCAAGCUCGACAAAAGCAGUCUGCCCAGCGGUGCGUCGUCCUCGUCACCGUCAACGCCGUCGACGGGACCGGCCUCGGCGGCGACAUCGAGAUCACUCUUUCCCCCAUCGAUCGAGCUCACGAGCGUGACCAAGGUAGCAGGCAAAGACGACUUGGCGAACGGAAGCUUCUUUGUCAUCCGUGCGCCGUCCUGGAAGAGCCUCUUGCGCGCGAUCGCCUGGUAUGGUAAUACGCGGGUCGAGCCGAGUCCGGAGCAGGUUGCGGCAGCCUCUGAUCGGCGUUCACGCUGCGUGCUCCGCGCGGAAGUGGAGUUUAUCACGCCUACACGCGUGGACGUUGGCCACGGUGUUGGGGAGCAUGCACGAGCCUCUCUGACCACGGGGGUCCUGCCUCGCAAUCCAUCGCCCGCGCACGUCUCGCUAUGCCUCUCGAUCCUGCCUGGCGAGGCUAGUGCGUGGUUGAAGUCCGAGGAGUAUGCGCUGGUUCGCCGCGAGUCAAGGCGGCUGGACGCAUGGUAUGCAGGCAAAGGCUCCACCCGUCGUCUCAUCCAGCUCGCUCGCCAACCACCAAGUUUGCCAGCACCACUGGUCCAGAUCGCACAGAUGCUGCACGCCUCACACACGUUCAGCGCCGCCUGCCCUAGCUCCGGAUCGACCGCACGCCACUCGCCGCGCGAUCUCCACCACGCCAUCGAGCGUCACGAUCAGGGCUUCGUUCAGAAGCAGAAAGCUUGGCUCGCCGCUAGCAACGCUCUUGCCAACCCGACUGACAAACGGGCGAGUGUGCAAUCGGGCACCAGCCCUGACGAAGACGACGAGGAUGACGACGAUGACGUCGACUUUGGCGACUUUAGUCUGUUGGCGGAUGGGUCUUUCGAUGCGCAAGACAAGGUGCUGAUGGGCAAGAGGCAACGAUUGAAGGCCAAAGUGAAACGAAGAUUGGGCAAGAGGAGCGGCGACGGCCGGGUAGUGGAUGAGGAUCUGGCAGCCUGGAUCACGCCCUUCGAUGUUUCACAGCACGGCUAG